UCCUCCCUUCCUCCCGAGAGAGGCUCCUCUCUCUGUGGCCCAGGCCUUCCUCCUCGGAGUCAGGAGCCCAGGAGGAGGGAGAGGGAGAGGCCUCCGUGGGUCCUCCUAAGCCGCUUAGGCAGGAAGGAGGGAGCGGGCAUGAAGGGCCUGGGAAGGAGAAGGCCCAGGGGAAGCCAGGAGCUGCCCUUGGCGCCCUGAGGAGGAGGAAGGAAGGAAGGGAGAAAGAGAUGGGGAACUGCCUGAAGUCUCCCACCUCGGACGACAUCUCCCUCCUCCACGAGUCCCAGUCGGACCGGGCCAGCUAUGGGGAAGGCACCGAGGCCGACCAGGAGCCCCCGCCGCCCUACCAGGAACAGGUUCCAGUUCCAGUUUACCAUCCGACUCCUAGCCAGACCCGUCUAGCAACACAGCUCACAGAAGAGGAACAAAUUAGGAUAGCGCAACGGAUAGGCCUUAUACAGCAUCUGCCGAAAGGAGUCUAUGACCCAGGAAGAGAUGGUUCUGAGAAAAAAAUCAGAGAAUGUGUGAUCUGUAUGAUGGACUUUGUUUAUGGGGACCCUAUCAGAUUCCUGCCAUGCAUGCAUAUUUACCACCUGGACUGUAUAGAUGACUGGUUGAUGAGAUCUUUCACAUGUCCUUCCUGCAUGGAGCCAGUUGAUGCAGCAUUAUUGUCAUCCUACGAGACUAACUGAGCCAGAACCUCUCUUCUGAUCUGGAAAACAUCCAGCUUGAUGGGUUUUGUCCUUUGUCAUUCUGCCCAAAGAAUCAGAGAUUAGGAAAUAAAAUCAGGCACAAUAAAAGCUUGUUUCCUAACAAUUGAAGAAAAAAAAUCCUGAAUAGUUGCAGGUAUUGACAGAGGGAGAGAGGAAGAAAUAUGUUUUAGGGAUUAUAGAAAUAAUAGGGUGUUAUUUUUUGUAAGGCCUUGAUCCAGUGCUUAAAAUAGGUUUACUCUUUAAGAAAAGCCUGUUAGCACAGCCAUUCUGAGGAAUUGUAUAAUAAGUACUAGUAGAUGUUAAAGACACAGUUGGUGGACUCAAACCACCAGGAAGAUAUUUUGUUAAGCAUCAAUGAAAUGAAUUAGAGUGCUACCAGGAGGAAGAAGGCAUAGUGAUACAAAGUGCUCAGGUAUGCACACUAUAAAGGAAGAGAAAAAGAUGUUGAGGUAUCCUUUCUCCUGAAGAAGGUGCAAUCUUUGUCUGGUUUGCUUCACAAGUUUCCUGGUAUUUCCUGGGUCAAUGCUCUACUUACAAAAACAACAACAACAUUUUAUAACACUGGCACAAAAAUAGUUUUAAGCUUGUUUGCACAGUUCUUUUUUAUCCAUGAGAAAUGGAAUCCAUUUUGCCUUAGGUCUUUUUAAAUAGUGUAUUCUUAUGUUUGGGCUGGCUCAAUGCUUGAAAACAAGUUUAUUUAUAACCUGUUAUAAAAGUGCUAUAUUUUGUUUGCAGUCAGGAUUAUGUGGACUUCAAAAAAGAUCUCCUAGUUUAUAAGCAAACUUGAGAUGCACUAUCUCUUUUCUAUGUGACAUUUUAAUGUGAGGGUAUUAAAUAAAUCAGAAAGCAAAACAGUGUUUAACUUUCUAGAUUUCUCUUCUAUCACUUCCUUUCUGCGUAAAUAGCUUGCAAGAAUCAAAUAUAUCCAAAUUGAUUUUACAUUUAUCAAGUUAAAAUGAAGCAGGGUACAGAUGAAGACAAGAUAAAGAUUACUUACACAAACACACAAAAUUAGUUUUUAAUUCCUUCUUGGGCCAUAUAAAAAAGGAUACUGCAUCUCUCAUUCUUGUAGUUCCUAGUUUCUCAAGACCACAAUGUAUCUCAGUCUGUAUUAAAUGUAUGUUUUGUAUUCUGCUGGCUGGUAUAACAGUCUAUAAGGCAGAUGUGAAAAUCUAUAUUUUAUGUUUUGUACAAAAACGUAAAAUUCGUAUUUGGCACAGAACUGCAUAGGAGUGAUCAAGCAAGUUAUCUGCAGCUGGUGAAGGCUGUUCCAAGUAUGUACAUUUUUUGAAACUAAAAAAAGUACUUGGUAGACAGUCAUACAAAGAAAGUGUAGUUGUAAAGAAAUAUUUUUUUAUCCUUUUAGCAUGUGGGUUUUUGUCUUCUUAAAUGUUCUUUAAUGUAACUUUUAUACAUUUGACUUAAAGCCAAUAAAUUGCAAAGUCUUUUUAGUUUAGCAUGAGAUGCAGGCUCUAGUUAACUGCAGUAUACUGUACUGAGGACUGUUUUUGGUUGAUUACAUGAUUCUAAGAAAUGUAUUUAAACAAACUACUCCACUGAAGACUGUAUGCUUAACAGUAUAGAGCAACGACAUGUCAAUAAUUUCUGCAAGAUUACUUAGUAGUAUGCAAAAACCUGCAUAAUGUCUUAUUUAUUAUCCUGCAGAAAAAGGCACUGUAGAUUAUCAUUAAAAUGCCUCAAUGCAUAUCUCAGUAUGUAUGCCAGUGUAUACACACAAAUCUUAUGAAAACAGGCUUUCUCUUUCAUUUUAAUGGACAGGACAGACUGAGUGUGCUAAAAGGUAUUCCAGUAUACCUGGAAUAGGUAUAAUUUCAAUAUACCUGGAAUAGAUCACUGAAUUGGGGUGAGACAGUUAACCAUGAACUCCAGAUCAGUUCCCACGGAGGUCACAGCUGUUACAGUCAAAAGGGUGCAUUGAUUGCAGUAGAAAACAGUUUAAAGCAAGUAGUUUUAGGAUUAUUUACAUUUCUGCAAGAAACCCCUCACAGUUCCCCAACCCUUAAUUCUUUUGUUCUCAGUUGCAGGAAGUAAAUUUGAUUAAGAAAUGAAGUUGUGCAAUAUUUUAAUAGUAAACCAUACUAUCUUACCAUUCCAUGUGUUGUUUUCCAUAAAUGUUGAUGUCUAUCUUGUCAAGUAUUGCCAGACUUUCUUCUGUUUUACCUUGGAUUGUUAAACUGGCAAAUGAACAAUUUUUAAACACCUUUUUCAUGUUCAUUGUUGUUUCUUCCAAGGCACACAAACUGAAGGGGAGGAAAGUGCUAUGACAAAGUAUGUUCUUAGUUUGUAGAGUUUUUAGGCUGUUUUUAUAAUUAUCCUUUGAACUUCCUAUUUUUAUUAAAUUAUUUAAUAAAAUACAAAGGGCUAACCCUAGAAGAAACUUUCAGAAGAAAAAAACUACUUGUAAAUGUUCUUGAGCCUACCAAUUGGUGUUUCACAUUGGCUGCAUUAUGCCCUCUAAUUCUAAAAUUUAAACCAAAUUUUAAUAAAAAGGUUUCAAAACUCA